CUCAAAGACAAGGUCCUGACCCAAGUGCUAAAGUCAAACAGAAUCCAACACCACCUGCAGCAGAGAAGUCCAAGAAGGACAAGGACAAGAAGAAGGAUAAAUCAAAGAAGGACAAGGACAAGAAGAAAGAUAAGGAUAAGAAAAAAUCGUCAAAAGAUAAAAAACAUAAAAAUUUAUCCAGUAAGAAAUGAGUCAAGUCAUUAA